AUUAUGUGUCAAAAUUAAUAUUUGAUAAUUUAGUUGAUCACUAAAUAUUUGAAAAACCGAUUUUGUAUAUACACCAACACAGCUAUCUGUUACCUAUUGGAUUUUGUUUAAUAGUUUUGCUCGGGCUCAUUUACUUAGCAUUGUUUAUAUAUAGGCUUUGGUUUUCUUUAACACGUCGUUUACUAUUUAUAAAUCACUGUGAAAUUACAGUGAUGAAAAAAGCGAUGAAGCCGCAAUCAUCAAUAUGUCAUUUUAUCUAUUGUGACCCACUUGUGCGAUAAGGCCUAAUAAAUUACCUAUCUGAAAUAUAAAUAAGGAAGGAUGAAAUAUUAUCAAAUGUUGUACGGAAUAACGUGUGUUUGGAAAAUCUGCUACUCCAGGUCUUGUGUGUUGACACUCUAUUCUCCAAUGGUAUGAUAAGACCAAAGGCGACUGUAUGUGGGGGCACAAAGUGUCGAUGUAUUCAAUUUAGCGUUUUAAAAUUCCUAUGUGAUUCGUAUUGUGCAAUCUCAUUGGAAGGUACGGAAAGGAAGAAGGGAUUAAAAAAAUCUAGCUCUCUGCUCCGGGGUCCCCCGGCGCGUGCAAUCACAGCCCCCCUCAAGGGUACUAUUUUGCAGGCACGUCCGCUCGCUAUUGGUCAGUGGUUGGUCAGAUGGUACGGUUUCCCUCUGUCCCGCACUGGCACAUAGCCACCCAGAACACCCCCCCCCACACACCCCCACCCCCCAACUAAAACCCAAUCUCCGAUAAACUACUAAUAGCUAAACCACUUGGACUAUAAAACACAACAAAUCAUAAACCAAGCAAAAGAGCCGUACCCUCCCAAUGAGUUCCUAUUUUGUAAACUCAACUUUACCAGUGACUCUGCCCGGAGGACAGGAGUCGUUCUUGGGACAGAUACCGUUAUAUUCCUCCGGAUACACAGACCCUUUACGACACUAUCCCGGUGCUGCUUAUGGAGGUUCCAGUGUCCAAGAGAAGGCGUACCCAUCCUCCUUUUACCAGCAAGCGAACGGUGCCUACGGCAGGGCAACCGCCGCUGGUCCCUGCGAUUAUGCGACAGCAAGCUUCUACAGGGAAAAGGACCCUGCCUGCGCCCUCGCCAGCAUAGAAGAACACUCCUUCGUUCUCAGUCAGGAUCAUCGCAAGCAAGAUUGCACGGGGUCGACGGGGAAAAGCAUCUACCUUGAGGCCGACGAACAGAAGCCGUCAGCGCCGGUUUAUCCUUGGAUGCAACGGAUGAACUCGUGUAACGGGACUUUCGGUAACGCUGGCCGAAGAGGUCGUCAGACGUACACUCGCUACCAGACGUUAGAAUUGGAGAAAGAGUUCCACUUUAACAGGUAUCUGACCCGAAGACGCCGCAUCGAGAUUGCGCACGCACUGUGCCUGACAGAACGUCAGAUAAAGAUUUGGUUCCAAAACCGGCGAAUGAAAUGGAAAAAAGAGAACAAAUUGAUCAACUGUUCACAAACCAGUGGCGAAGAGGAGGAGGAGAAGAGGACAGAAUGAAAUUUUAAACGAUAAAAUCCCCCCCAAAAGAAAACUAUUGCAUAGAGGGCACCAGACACCACUCUGUAAUAACACAAAUGAAGACUUUCCAUCAUGUUAGCAACUGUAGCAUUCCUGUUAACUCACAAUUGUAAUUUCUUUUGUGAUUUAUUUUCCUUUUUUUGUACAUGAAGUUUAAAACAUGCGGUUUGUGCGCUCUUACUCUGACUUUAGAUUUGCUCUUAUAACUGAAAUGUCCAUGUUGAACGAAGCUAUUUGAAAUGUGUGUCAUAUUCGUGUUAUAUUUAAGCUGUGUAAAAAUAAAAAUAAAUUCCCAUUGUACGGAAAA